AGGCGGUCUUGUCACCAGCUGCACAUACGUGUCACAAGUAUUCCGUGGUAACAGUGAUUCUGUAUCUGUGAUUUACAUGGGUCCGUUUUAGUGAAAACACUCUUGUCAGUAAGGUACGAGGGAUUAGACUGGAAAUGGUUAGAUUGAGAUUGUAUUUUGGUGCGGGUAACAGGGCCAUGGCGCCAAGCCUAGCCGCGCUGCGCCGCCGCCACGUCCUGUUCGUUCUCAUACUUGUCUUCGUGCCGUGUAGUAUCUUCGUGCUUUUCUCUCAGCCAGACUUGAAGAUCCAAGAGCAAGCGGUGGUACAAAGGAUAGCUGAGCUACAGCUGAAGUUGCAACACCUGGACGCCAUGUACCGAGAGAGGGAGGAGGACGUGCACGUGCUGAGCCAGCAGUUGGGUCAGUUGCUGAUGGAGUCGCUGCCUCCCGGUGGUAACGUCAGCAACUCUCUGCCGCUACACCUCAGCCCCGAAGUCCGCACCUUACUCCGUAAUCUCACUGGACUCCGGCCCGGUGGUGGUGACUCUACACAACUGCUACGUCUCCCUUCAGCAUACCAGUUCCUGCCUCACCUGCUUCUGAGUCCGUCCAGUCUCAGGCCGGCCAUCAGCAUAUCUAGAGGACGAUCUGGUGUGUCAGUUGUCCUGGGGAUACCCACAGUGAAGCGGGAGGUCCAGAGCUACUUGCUGGCAACCCUACAGAACAUCCUGGACAGUAUGACUCAGGAGGAGGAGGAAGACGUCCUUAUUGUUGUAUUCAUAGCAGAGACCGAGGAGGAGUAUGUGAAUCAAGUUGCUAACGAAGUGAGAGAUCACUUCCUUGAGGAGGUGGAAGUAGGAUUGAUCGAGAUCAUCGCACCAACAGCCGCCUACUAUCCGGACUGGAACACGCUACGUGUAACUUUAGGUGACUCAAGGGAGAGAGUGAAGUGGCGGUCGAAACAAAAUCUGGAUUUUGCGUUUCUGAUGAUGUAUGCCCAGCCGAGAGGGAUGUUUUAUAUACAGCUGGAAGAUGAUAUCCUUGUCAAGCCUCAGUUUGUCUCCACCAUGAAGACCAUUGCCCUCGAGAGGAUCGCCAACAAGCAACAAUGGUUCGUCCUCGACUUCUGUCAGCUCGGCUUUAUAGGUAAAAUGUUCAGAUGUGUGGAACUCCCUUGGCUGAUCCAAUUCUUCUUCAUGUUCUACAACGACAAGCCUGUGGACUGGUUACUGGAUCAUGUCAUUCACACAAAGGCUUGCAAUCUAGAAAAAGAUAAUAAACAAUGCAAGAAGGACAAGGAUGAAUUGUGGAUUCAUUACAAGCCUUCAUUAUUUCAGCACAUUGGUACAUACUCUUCGUUAAAAGGAAAGGUUCAGAAACUUAAGGACAAGCAGUUUGGUAAAGUGAACCUUUUUACGCCACACAGCAAUCCUGAUGCUGAGGUCUCGUCACAGAUCAAAGCUUACAAGCAGUACACCCUCAAGCGAGCAUAUGAGGGAGAGACGUUCUUCUGGGGACUGCUGCCUCAACCUGGGGACCAUCUCUUGUUCAUCUUCAAGACUCCUCUUUUCAUCAAAAAGUACACUUUUCGUAGCGGGAAUGCUGAGCACCCGUCAGAUAGAUUGUACAACACGACAGUUGAAGUAUUACCUCAACAAUUGCCAAUCACCUAUGACACUUACAAUACUACUGCUGACGGUUUCAUCAUUGUUGGCAAGUUCGACAGCCUGGGCUUGGCGGAGGGCCCAGUACCUCGAGCGCUUGGUAUCAUACGGCAGAUGAGGCUCACUGUCCACAGUGAGACAGACAACUGGGCGAUACUUAGCGAGAUUUCAAUUCUACCAGACCUGGGCAGAUGACAUCGCUUGAUGGCUCGCAGGCGCCUUCCUGCAUCGUGAUGUGCCAUCUGUUGACUGUCGUCUCAUCGUGAUGUUCCUCAGCUUAAACCUAAACAUCAUAACAUGAGCUCUGUCAAUCUUGACAUCAUGGUGGAUACAUCAUACCACGACAUAUGUCAUACUCAUAGUUAUUGUUGGCCAUUCAACUCUAGUAUUAUUGUGAUCACUUAUUUUAAGAACUGUACAUAAAAUUGACUAUUUUUGUUAAACUGCCUAGCGGAUCCUAUGAAGUGUCUGACGCAAUGCCAAUAAGUGCCACGCUUCUUGUACAUUUUGUAAAAACAUAACUUUGAAUUUUACCACAGUAUGAAAUAGGAUAGUUGAAAUUUAAAAAUGUGCUUCUAUUUCAGUGCUUUAGUUAAUAUUAGUGUUUUAGUUUUAGUUUAUUCAUUUUCAAAACGCAUUGCCCAUUUACAGGCUGUGAUUUUAUCUCAAUAAUUUUUUCCUCUUAAUUAUAUCAGUCAUUUCUUUCUGGCCUACACUUUAUAACUUUUAAAUCAGUUAAAUUUUAAUAAUUUCUUAUCAAAAUUUUGUAUGAUAAUUUAAAACAUAUUACAUUGUUUACAAUUCUUAUGGAAAUCAAGAAUUCUAAGACUGAUGCUUUGUUCAAUUUGUCUCUAUUACAAGUCAUAGCAUUUCUAAUAAAACAAAUUUGUAUUGGAUUGAGGCUACCAACAUUUCUUUCUUAGCAUUUUAUAACACUCCAUUUAUAUAUUAAUUUUUAAAUUGACAGUUUUAUUUUAUAUUACAAAGCAAUAAACCAUGAUGUUUAAUGUAACUUUGUAUACCAAUUGAAUCUUCUUAAUUACUGUAAGAGUUUAAAAAAAUAACAGUUUUGUUAAAAAUAGAAGAAUAAUGCUAUAUUUAUUAUUAUAAAUGAGAAAGUUUGUGGAAAUGUUUGGAUGUUUGUCACUCAAUCACACAAAUAUAGUGGACAGACAUAAAUAAAAUAUACGUUACUUGGAUGUCAGAAUACAAACGCAAGCAUAUUUGUGUUCCAAAAUAUGUCCCACUCUUAACCUCUUCUCGCAUGGAGGCACUAUACAGUGCCAGAAGAUUAAUAACCUUAGACUUAAUGAUUGCAUACACAUUUGGAUUAAUAUUGGAGAUUGGCAAUAAGAAUAUUUUAUUUUGUACUGUUGUUUCAGUGUAAAGGUAAGUAAAAAUAGCAUGUCUUAUCCAAUGAAAUGUGUAUAUUAAACACAUAUAUUUAAAUAGAAGCACUUUUCUCUUUCAAAACUAUAAACGGAAAAAAAUGUAUGUGGCCCCACAUGGUGCACAUGUAGUUGUUUACAAUUUUGCAGUUAUUAUUUUAUAUACUGUCCUAUAUAGGCCAUAGUCUAAACAAUAGUGUAUUCUUACAGUCAAGAAUAGGAAAUGCAAGAAGAUUAUGUAAGUCAGUUAUUGGAAGGUCCUUCCAGUGACCUUGAUAUUCCAUCAGGUUCAGAUUUAUCUGAUAUCGGGUGUGAUGAUGAAGACUGACAGAAGAACUGGCAGAACUCUUGACUCAAGAAAUUGGGAAAAGCUCUAAUGAGAACUUAUGCUCAAACGUAAGUACAGAAUCAUUAACUAAUGACAGACAGACCUGGACAUUCAUGACUGAACUUGACAAGACCCAUAGCACUUGUACAAAAUUGAAACUAAACAACCCAAAUACCCACUGAUCUUAAAAAAUGCCCUAGCUACAUCUUUCAUGGCUCAAAGUUUUGUAGCAAAAAAAGAGGAAGACCUUGUUAACGAGCCUUCUCCAGAACCACUGAAAAAGCAGCAAAUUCCAAUCAAAAUGCUAUUGAAGUAAGGUAUGAUGGUGUAAGCCACCACCCAAAGGAAACAUAGACUGUCUAUCCUCCCAGAAAAAAGUGGCAAGAUCCAUCAGCAGGAAGUGUAACGAACCAGUUUAUCCAGCUUGCAUGGAGUGUUUCCAAACAAAAUUCAAACAUUGAAAAAAUGUGUACUUUUUAUGUGUAAAACAUAAUAAAGUUGAGUUUUACUAAAA